UAUAUUUGUUUUAUAAGGACAUUGAAUUAAAACAAAAAGUUUUCUGGUGAGUAAUAAUUGUAAACACUUUUUUUCAGAAUUCAAACAAAGCGCGGCAAUAUGUUCGAAUUUAAGAAUUAACCAUAUGUAACCAAGCAACUAAAUAGUUUGUAUAAUAAGUGAAUUUUUCUACUCGUUUACUGUUAUCUCAAGUUUGAUUUUUGAUAUCAGACGUGAAGUACUUUAUAUAAAUAUAAUUUUCUUAAUAUUUUUCGAAAAUUUCUAUAUAACAUUAAAUUAUAUUUUGCCUCUUUUAUGAGAAUGGUAUCAGUAGAAUCAGAAGAAAAUGAAGUAAUUACAAACCUUAUUCUUGACCCUCCAAUAGAGUAUGCGAAACGAAAGAGAUAUGUUUCUAAAUAUAAGGAAUGUAUAAAAGCAGAAAUUAAGAAAGAAAAAUAUGCACAUCGUACAUUUGGUCCACCAAAAGUACUGUUACAACUACCAUCUCAAUAUUUGAAAAAAAGAAGCCGGAAAGAAUAUCACAAAACAGGUAUAGAACAUGUACAUAUUCGUAAUCCAGAAUAUCAACAAAAGUUACCAUCAUGGGUCCCAAUAAAAAUGAAAAUUAAAGAAAAAUGUGGAGAAUUGCCUAUAGAUCCUGUAAAAUUAGGGCAUAUCAAUUUUAAAAAACAGAAUAUUAUUGAUGUUAAAAAAUUUCAUCCCCAUAAACUUAAAGAACGAUAUGUAGAUACACGGAAUGGAGAUUCUCAUGAUCUAAAAUCUAGUGGAUUAUAUCCUAUUUAUAUACAUAAAAAGGGCUUUGGAAAACUUCCAAAAAUUAUGAAGAAGAUAAAAUAUGAAGUAAUGAAUAAGGAAUUAAAAGAAGAUAAAUCAAAAAAUGAUAAACAUAUUGAUGAACUUAAUUACCACUGCAUCUCUGAAGAAGAAAGAAAAGAACUUUUAGAUGGACUGAAAAAAAGGUGGGAUGAAAUAAUGAAAGAAUUUCAGUGUUUACCAUUUAUAAUUGAUACUCCACCAAAGGUACAGAGAAAGGCAAAACUAGAACAUGAAUUACAGCAACUUGAGAAAGAUAUUGCAACUCUUGAAAGACAUUCUUACAUAUGUGUUAGUAAUGAUAAUGAAAAUGAAUGAAAAAGAAAGAGUACAUUUGUAAGUAUUCAAAAAUAAGACCACGAAAGGCUACAUCAUUGAUCAUAUUUUUAACUAUAUGAAAAAUAUUUAUUACAUACAUUUAUUAAAAUUUAUUAAUAAGUGAACCCAUGACAGAUAAUGAUCAGAAGAGAUUAAAUAAAAUAAACAAAUAUUGAUAAAUAUAAGUUUUCUUUAUUUUAUUAAUAUUAUUAUAUAAUAAUGUUCAGAACUCUCUCCAAGUUUCAGUGAUACUACAAGACUCAUCUUUAUCAUAAUUAACAACCACUGAAUAAGAUUGUGCCUCAGUUUGAUGUUCUUCUGUAUAAGAAAAAUUUUCAGAUAUUUCAGAAUCUUGAUUUUGUGUUAAUUCUACUAAGGACACUUGUGGUUUUGAUAAAUUUCUUGUAUAUAAUUCUGAAUUUUGUAUAUCUAAUACACGGCUGUCAUAUAAAACAGGUAUAUUACAAAACAGACAUCGUACUUCUUCAUAUUCUUCGUCUAAGCAGAGGUGAUAAAGUUGCCCACAUAUUGGGCAAGAUCGAUAUUGGACUGUAGUAAUUUGAAGAAGGGUUAAAGCACAUCUGGGUAACUUAUGUCCUAAUGGACAUUUUGUAGUAUUCCAAGAUAAAUCAUUAAUAAUUUGUCCACAUAGAUUACAUGAUUCCACUUUUAAUUUGAAAUGAGACGUUUUAUUUAAUGCUUGACGCACGUAUUGUGUUGUACUUGUUUCUUCUUCUGUAUCUUCACCAGCAAGAUAUAUUUCUAAGUACAUUCUUAAUAGACUUGCAGACAAUUCUUGAUCUUUUGAUAAAUGUUUUUUAUUUGUUAAACGAUUGAGAUAUGCACAUGCACAAUGUACAAAAAUUAGUGGUUGAGCUUCUGCUAUUUCACCUAUAUUUUCAAUUCUUUGAAUCAUUUUUUUUUUUGUUAAUACUUCAGUUAUAAGUGAUAGCCACAUUGAUAUCCUUAAUUCGUAUAAUUUAAGUGAUUCUAAAUUUUGUGACAUCUUAGGUAAUACAAUCAUUGGAUCUGAAACUUUUGCAGCUUUGAGUCUAAUUAAUUCGAAACAAUCCCAAGGAAAGUUAGAAUUUAUAUCUUUAUAAUUUUUUAUUAUAUUAAUUGGAUCCCAUUCUUCUCCAUCUAAGGAUAAUAUGUAUAAUACGCUUGGUUCUCUUGUAAUUAAAUGAUCGUAUGUACUAUUAGGACUGGUUAUACAAACUAGCAUAGUACGAUUAGGAGAACAGGCAAGACCUAAAUAUUGAACACGUGUCUGAGGUAACUUAUGUUUGAUUGAAAUGCUUUUUAAGUUAUUUUCUUGUGUAUCAAAAGCAUACAUCAUACCAUUUUGUGUUGUAAUUAAAAUACAUUCAGAUGCAAUAACAGAGAUUCCUAAAAGUAAAUUUGAAAUUCUUUAAAUUACUUAACAAAUUAAAAUUUUUAUUUAAAUUUAAAACAUUUAAUUAUACAUGCAUAUAUAUAUAUGUAUAUAUACCUGAAAUAGUAAAUCCUUCUAUUUGUAAAUAAUGUGUAUACAUUAAUUUUCCCAUUAUAGUCAACCCAAAUAAUAAAAGAAAGAAACCUUUACAAGCAAUAAAUUGUAUUCUAUUUUCAUUCUGUGAAACCAUAAGUAAAGAAUUGACUGAGACACGAUCUGGAUAUGUAUAGUAUUUUUCUAUCGAUGUAUUCUCAAAACAUUUAUUAUUAUUGCUAUACAGGAUACCUUGUAUCUGACCAUUACAACAUCCAAUAAUAAUUAAGUAUGUAUUGGGUUUUAUAGUACACCACAA